GAAGUCGACUCAAUCGUAUCCAAUGAUAGGCUACCCGCUGUUGCAGGUCGAGAUGCUUUGUUGUACAUUGAAGUGAUUAUAUACGAAACAAUGAGAUGGCGCCCGCCACUCUCCUUAGCAAUGUCGCGUGACUGUGUCAACGCCGACCAGUUUGACCCGGGAUGCCACCUGCUUCCCGAUGGCGAGCUCUCGCCAACCAGAAGGAUUGCAGGAAGUCCUUUCUUCGAGUUCAGAAGAAGGUAUAUCGUCUGGCAAUGUGAUUUGUUCCUCACUAACCAACGCACAAGAGUAUGUCCUGGACGUUUUUUCGCAGAAGGUUUGUUGUGGGCAGCCUUCAUGCAGAUCUCAGCGACAAUGCACUUCUCGAAGGCCAAUGGCGCGAACAGCCGAUUCAUCGAAAUCAUCCCAGUAAUCACGAAUGGUGUUACGUCGUGA